AUGAUUCAAUAUCGUGUCGCACAGAGCAGUGCUUCAUUUAGGGAAUCUCCAUCACCAAAGAAAGUUUAUUUCUGUCACCCUGGCUACUGCUAUCCCAGAAACACGCUCAUCGUGCUACCCGCAGUUGAUAAAAGCAACAACGGCGCGUUUGGCAUCCAUUUAGAGACUGCGCGUCUGGCUUGCGGUAUACUAGCCGGCAACGAGUUCAUCGAUACUUUCUUCACGGAAAAUGAGCCAAAUGUUCUAACUUUUGACGACUGGCCCUUUCCUCAUGAUCGUUUGCCACAUUAUUGGAAGUCCCUCUACAUACCCCCUCAGCCGGAUCGCGCGCAUGGCCGGUAUGACGACUUGCGUUCCGUUUUCAAUCGAGAUAUCAGCUGUAGAGUAACGGGCCACCAAAUGGGAACACAGAAAUCUCACUUGAUACACAGCAGACUGCUGGAGUGGUUUGACAGAAACAACAUGGAAGUAUACAAGCUAGCAGAAGCUGAUGCUAAUGAACUGUGCAUCAACUCUCCUGCCAACGUCGUCGUACUUCGUGCAGACAUCCAUACUCUUCUUGACUCGGAUAAAAUGACCAUCUUGCCCAAACACAUACAUGCACCAAUCAACGACGGGGAAGUGCCCAUCUAUCAAUCUCCUUCUCAAUCGACAUCAGCCCUGUCACUCGUUUUACAUGUUAUACGACCCGAUACUGCCGGCGAGUUAACGACAUUAUAUCAGAAUACAUCAUUGCACCGGAUUUCUGGAAUUAGUGUUCAAUAUCUUUUCGCCGCAUACGCCAUCAAAGUAUUCAGUCUUGCAACGUUCUUCAAACACGAUGGUCUCGGAAGAACUGCAUGGAAGUGGAAUCUACAAACUAUGAAGCUUGAGGAGGCGGACGUGUCUCUGCCUCCUAGAAAGCCCCGAAGUUCGUCCAAUAAGCGUUCCAGUAAAAGCCCAACGAAAAGAUCACGGACCGAGGGAGAUGUUGAUGACGACGACAAUUUUCACAGCCCGUCACCAAAUGGAUUGUCUCGCACGCCAUCUCGAGGACGGAAGAGGUACCGUGAUUCUGACUUGUGCAGAGCUCCGGAGGAUACACAACGCGAAAUUUCUCAGUUGACCGAAGGGACUACCAUCCCUGAUACUGAAAUUUCAACCCCUUCUAGUAACCAUUCACAAAAUCGAGAGGGUUCCCCAGCCAUAAGAGCUCGGAAGCGCAGAAACACUGGAAUGCCCGUGAGAACAGAAGAAAAACGACCAAUGCGUUGA